UGAAUAACAAUUUCCAUAGCUGGAGUAUUUUUAACGGGUGGCUAUCAUUUCACAUCGGAUCAAUGCCCCUGCGGUAGGGACAUGCCAUCUCACUUCCGCCUCGACAGGCGGAGAUGUACUCGCUUGACCUUCAUCUUCGGCUUGGUCCUGAUCUUCCUCCUAUGGCUGAACCCCAAUUGGAUAGACACAUCUGUCCACCAUGUCUCCCGCUUUGACCCGCGUGACGUAGAUCUGGCAAACCCCAAUGCGGUCCGGAAUCUGUGUCGGCAGCACGGGUGGAGCCCGUUCAAGAAUGCCCAGGAUAGAAAGGUGUUCGACCUCAUCAUGGUCAACACGGAGCUGGAAUGGCUCGAGAUUCGCCUGAACGGUACCUAUGACUACGUCGACUACUUUGUCAUUGUCGAGUCUAGUAAGACAUUCACCAACCGCGACAAGCCUUUGUUCAUCAAGGAUAAUAUGGACCGCUUCGCCGCUUACCGCGACAAGAUCAUUUACCACCAACUGGAGAUCCCGGAUGGUUUUCAUUCCGACCGUGCGAACCCGGCCUGGGCCUGGGAGGACCUGCAGCGAAAUGCUAUGUACGACCAAGUGCUACCACGCUUAACCGGCGCCAAAGCACCCGUCGAUGGGGAUGUUCUUAUCGUCGCCGACGUUGACGAACUUGUGCGUCCCGAGACUAUAACAGUGCUUAGGGCAUGCCAAUUUCCCCGACGGCUCACUCUGAGAAGCCACUUCUACUACUACAGCUUCCAGUUCAUGCAUGUCGGUACGCAGUGGGAUCACCCGCAGGCUACGUAUUACCAAGGCUGGCGGACAAUCUUGCCAGUGAACCUACGCAACUCGGAUGGUGGGUUGCAGCCGCUUAUCAAACUUGAGAAGGGUAAUCUGUGGAGCGCGGGUUGGCAUUGCUCGACGUGCUUUUCGACGAUAGAAGAGGUUCUGACCAAGCUUUCUUCAUUCUCUCAUGUGUGGAUGAACCACGAGGCCUACCGCGAUCCCGACCGCAUAGCCGAUCGGGUGCGAAACGGAAAAGACCUGUGGGAUCGCGAGGGACAGUUCUACGAACGGAUAGAAAACAAUAGAGACAUACCAGGCCUUCUUCUGGCGCAGCCAGAUCGGUUUCCGUGGCUGACCAACCGUGAUGGCCCGACCGCUGGCUUUUUAGACUAUCCGGAAAAGAAGACACCGGUUUCUGAGUAGGCGCCCAGAGAAAGAACAGGCGUUCUACAAUAGCUGCCAUCCUGUGUCUUUAAACAGAGAUGAUGACUGGGACGCUUUCUCUUCGAACCCUACAUUCUCUUCCCCGGGACAUUGGCUGCCUUGGACCUGCAUAAUGCCUCCAGAUUGGCACCGGGAAGUGCGAAUAUUCAAUAUGUAUACCUAUUUCAUCAUCAACGGCUACAUUGUCCGUAGCCUAUAUUUUUUUUUCCCCGUUCUUUGCCGCAAUCAGUUUGUACCGUUGUGACAACACGGAGCACAGCAUCUUAGAAGGAUACCCGGGUGAUGAGUACUACUACUAGUAGUCUCACGCCCUUUGUUGUACAAUAGCAUUUCUCUUGUAUACGUUAGACAGUUACUGAAUUGGCGAGAGGUUUCUUCCCUUAUUUACCAAGCCCCCGGAACUCUGCGCGAUUAUUCCUCCGUAGUCGGUCUUGCCCCGGCGUCUACCACCUUGGUGAUAAGUCGAGGUACAAGUGAUUAAUUUUCCUAGGCCGCCUUCGUUCCCGUUUGAGACGAUAACGAAACAAUAUCAUGGGUGACAAACGAUUCUA